CUCAAAAUCCCUAAAUUCUAAAACCCAACAGAAAAGAAAGAAGACGAACAAAGGCGGAAACUUGAAUCUGACAUCGUCUUGGACGAUGCCCCUCUUGACGGUGAAUCGGUGGCAGACGAGGGCGCUCUCCUCGACUUGGAUCCCGAACUGCGCGCGGCUGAAGCGGCGGAGGAAGUCCCCAGAGUCCAGCUUCCUGGCCCCCGCGAGGGCCUUCCACUCGAUCCCGGAGAGGAUGUGGCGGAGGAAGUCGGCGUCGAGCUCCACCUCGUCCUUAGAUAUAUAUGAGAUGGUGCAGUUCCCGUUCGAUCACUGAUGGACGUUACGAUAUUUCUGCUCACAGUCGAUGGUAAGAGGUUAGGUGCUCAAAUACGCUCGAGAAUGGAGUGGAGUGCAGUCCAAUCCCGUGGAAGCUUACCCAAAUAGCAUCACGAGAUUUAAAUUCCAUCUCUCUAAAGGUGACAAACAAUCACCCUUACAAGUGGUAGGGACAUGUGUUCACAUCAAGCUAGUCCCUUUGGCAACUCAAUUUGUUCAGGUUUUUCCUACUCCACUCUCCACUAAUGCUACCUUUGUGUCUUUUUCUCUUACAUUAUAUUCCUUUCUGUCGCUUCCUUUUCCAUUCUUUUGUUUCAAACAGGAUUAUUAUAGGAUCAGGCCAUGUUGCUCAUAGGUGAUUUUUCCCUUGAAUUACACACAAGCUUCUAUUUUGGCAACUCCAAAGGUGAUGAUUUCAGCUUAAUCUUCCAAAGAGGUAAAUGUGGAUUUCCUGUAUAUGGCAUAUGUGCACAAUAUGUUAUCACUUCUUCUCGUGCAUUUUGACAACCUAAAUCCUUGAUCUGAUUAGCUUAGAGUUGAUAGUUGUUGGAUCACCAAAAGUACUACCCAAGUGUCAGUGUCAGCAUAUCAUCCUUCAACCUCUCCGCCGACGAUGGUGCGUCCUUCUUCUCAAACAGUGCAUGUAGUUGGCGCACAUUAAAUCCGUCACUGUAUCGUGAUGGAGAGAGAGAUCGUCUGCAUACUGUAGCAGCACUUCCAUGCCUGUGCGACAUUAAUUGUCUGGCCGGUCAAACUGCUGCGGUAUCAGGGUUCUCCCAGGGUUCAGGUUUUGUUGGCAAUCCAUCGGUCGGCGAUGGGGGUCCGUCGUCUGGUGUGGUUGAAAAAUCCUGAACCCGGGGUUGGCCGGCGCAGGAAGUGAGGUCAAAUGCUUCCCCUUGGAUUUUAAUGGGUGCAAGGGGCGGGGGGACCGCCGUGGUCGGUCUGCCGCUGCAGCUCACGAGAGCACUUGGUCAACUUUUCUUUUGGAAUCUAAGCAGCAGCCGAUUGGCACAACAUGGGAGGUCUCAACGUGGAGCAGUCAAGUCAAAUCGGGUCAACCACUUCCUUUGUCUUUGGUGCCCACACCUGCGCCGAAAGGACUGUGUGGAUGCGUUGGGGAGGACGACGGUAGGCAGCGGGCAGUUCCCAAUAAAUUCCACUCUUCGCUGUCCCAUCACCUCACGGGGGUCAAUACUUGCAUGUGUGUCGUGCCGUACCGGGAGCCAGCAAAGUCAACAGAUGGGAGCCUGUCGCUGUGGCCCCGCCCCUCCUCCUCUUGCUAUUUCACAAUCGGCGCUUUGGUCGCUUCUCUCGUCUUCCCCAAAUCGAUUCUUUUUUGCUUCAAGAGGGACAUAAAGAUCCGAUCUUUGCGCUCGUCGUCGCCACCAAAUCUUGGAUAAAGGUUUGAUCUUGGCGGACGAUUUCGCGGAAUCGGUGGGGUUCUCUUUUGGGAUCGAGGGUUUUAGCGGUGUGACCGUCUUCGAAAUCGCAAACUGCGGGAUUGGUAUGGAUGAGCACUUCAGGAUUUAGCUGGUGGGAGUAUAUCUGGGGAUUCUUAUGGACAAGUUAUGCUGCUUCAGUGGUUCCUGCUCUCAGCUUGCAGGUCAUUCUUCAAAUGAUGCUGGUAAAGGAAAAAGUUCUCUGAGUGGUGUAAAAAUUACUUAUGGUUUUAGUCUUGUAAAGGGGAGGGCUAAUCAUCCAAUGGAAGAUUAUCAUGUUGCAAAGUUCAUCCAGAUAAGGGGGCAGGAGCUUGGUCUCUUUGCUAUAUUUGAUGGUCAUUUGGGUGAUGAUGUACCUGCCUAUUUACAGAAGCAUCUGUUUACUAACAUUCUUAAAGAGGAAGAUUUUUGGAAUGAUCCAGGAGGAGCAAUUUUCAAAGCCUAUGGAAAGACUGACAAGGCAAUUUUGUCACAAAGUCCCGAUCUAGGACAAGGUGGAUCGACAGCUGUUACUGCAAUUCUCAUGAAUGGAACGAGAUUGUGGAUUGCUAACAUUGGUGAUUCACGAGCUGUUCUUGCAAAAGGUAGAGAGGUUAUACAAUUGACUGUUGAUCAUGAACCCAGCACUGAACGUGGAAGUAUCGAGAAUAGAGGUGGAUUUGUCUCGAACAUGCCAGGAGAUGUACCCAGAGUUAAUGGUCAAUUGGCUGUUUCCCGUGCUUUUGGAGACAAGAGCCUCAAAUCCCAUUUGAGCUCAGAUCCCGAUAUACGCUUUGAGGACGUGACUGCUGAUUGUGAUCUACUCAUCCUUGCAAGUGAUGGCCUGUGGAAGGUCAUGAGCAAUGAAGAGGCAGUCGAUAUUGCUAGAAAGGCUAAGGAUCCACAAGCAGCAGCUAGGCUUUUGACAGCUGAAGCAGUGAAUAAAGCUAGCAAAGAUGACAUCUCUUGCAUUGUUGUCCAACUAAGGGCACAGAGGUGUGAUGGUUAUGGACGACCUUGAGGAAGUCAUCAAUAGACACAUGCAGGAUGGCAUAAACCUCGAGCUGAAUGUGCGCAAAGGUGCAGUCUGUCAUUGCCUACCAGAUGGUAGGAACUAAAUUAGAUCUCUUGUGCGGUUCGAUUCUUCUGUAAAUUGCUUCUUCCUUCAUUAGGGUUUGGAAAGUGUGGUAUUGUUUGAUUUCUUCGGCACAUUAGUUAAUGAAAGUUUCUCUAUGUGUUUGUCAGCACGGAAACUGAGUUCUCAAGAUUUGGUUAGAUGGCUUUGCCUUCUAUUUCUUGGCUA